AAAGGCGUAAAGCCCUUCGCUUAAACCCGACCACACGCCGCCGCCGCCGGCAAGCCUCCUCCCAUGUUCAACGCCGCCGUGGCUAGUUCGAUACCCUCCAAACCGUAGCCCGCCACGCGCGCCCCCGCCAUGAGACCUUGCCCCAUCGGAUGCGCUUCCGACCGCGCCUUCCCCUCCACCUUCUCCUGCCCCACCUCCAGCGCCGCACUCCGCUACCUCCCACACCUCCCCGCAGACCGGUAUCCUCCUACCCCUCCGCGGCGGCGGCGUCAACGGACUCCGAAGAGGAUGUGAUUGUUGCUAGGGACGCACUGCUAGCGCCUCGUUAUGACCGGGUAGGACUGUUGCCUAGGUUUGGGGAAGACAGGGCAGAGUUCGAGAGGAAGGCAUCGAUUGCCGCGCGGCUCAGGCUCUGCCAUGAACUUCUGGGACAGAGGAGGUGGCGAGAGAUGCGCGACAGCUUGGCGCAGAUGGUCAGUGAACAAGGAUCCGGAUCUGCUGCCACUCUCUGCGGCAUUUUGUCGAGUGAAUUCAGAGAGCACGAUUCCAGCAGUGUUUUAUGGGAUGCUCUAGCAAAUAGUUACGCGAGAGCUCAGAUGAUUCAUGACGCGCUCUACGUUCUCAGUAAAAUGAACAGCCUAAACAUGCAAAUCUCGGUUUCCACCUAUGAUAGUUUAUUGCAUGGUCUAAGGAUGACAGACAUGGCAUUGCAGCUUUUUGAAGAAAUGGAGGCAGAUGGCAUCCCGCACAGCGAAUAUUCACAUAGUAUUCUCAUCGAUGGUCUCUGCAAGCAAGAUAAAGUUGGAGAGGCUUUAUCUUUCCUUCAGGAAGCAAGGGCAGGGGGGAGGUUUAAACCAUUGGGAAUGUCCUUUAACAUUCUGAUGUCCGCGUUAUGUAACUGGGGGUUUAUUCAGCCUGCAAAAUCGUUUUUAUGUCUGAUGUUGAAGUACGGAUUGAACCCUGACAGGUAUACCUAUUCUACUCUUAUACAUGGUCUGUGUAAAACGGGUUCCAUAGAUGAAGCAGUGGAUCUUUUUGAGAGGGUGACAGAAGAAGGAAUGAAACUAGAGACUGUCACGUACAACAGCCUUAUUAAUGGUUACCGCUUGCUUGGUUUGACAAGAGAAAUUCCGAAAAUAAUUCAGUUUAUGAGAUGCCAAGGCAUUGAACCUGAUCUUGUUACUUAUACAAUACUUAUUGCUGGUCACUGUGAAAGUGGUGAUGUCGAAGAAGGGAUGAAAAUAAGGAAGGACAUCCUAGACAAAGGGCUGCAGUUGAACAUUGUCACAUACAGCGUCCUUAUCAAUGCUCUCUUCAGGAAGGGUUUGGUCUAUGAGGUUGAAAACUUACUUGGUGAGAUACAUGGCAUUGGUCUGGAUAUGGAUGUCAUUGCUUAUUCCAUCCUCAUCCAUGGGUACUGCAAGCUAGGGGAAAUUGAAAGGGCGCUUCAAGUUUGUGAUGUUAUGUGCUAUUCUCAGAAGGUGCUGCCAACCUCACUGAACCAUUCAUCUAUUCUUCUAGGACUUUGCAAGAAAGGGCUGUUAGUUGAAGCAAGAUGGUAUUUGGAAAAUGUAGCUAGCAGAUAUCAGCCAGGUGAUGUAGUACUCUAUAAUGUACUUAUUGAUGGUUAUGCAAAGAUUGGUGAUAUUGGUAAUGCUGUUCGUCUGUAUGAUCAGAUUGUUGUAGCUGGUAUGUUGCCGACCAUUAUCACUUGUAAUUCUCUUCUUUAUGGCUACUGUAAAUUUGGGGAUUUACAAGCUGCAGAGAGCUAUUUUAGGGCUAUUCAGAUAAGUAGUCUGCGUCCAACAAUGGUGACAUAUACCACCUUUAUGGAUGCACUCUCUGAAGCUGGAGAAGUUAACACUGUGCUCAGUCUUUUCUACGAAAUGGUUGAAGAAGGGAUCAAGCCAAAUGCUGUAACUUACAGUGUUAUUAUUAAAGGACUUUGCAAGCAGCUCAGAUUCCAUGAUGCUAUCCAUUUUCUGGAUAAUAUGCACGUAGAAGGUGUUAUUGCUGACCCAAUAAUUUACAAUAACCUUAUACAAGGCUUUUGCGAAGCACAGGACAUCCGGAUGUCCUUCCACAUAUAUGACCGUAUGGUAUGCUGUGGUGUAGUGCCGACACCGGUUACUUAUAACUUGCUUAUUAAUGUGCUGUGCAUGAAGGGAAAAGUUAUUCAAGCAGAAAUGUUGUUGGAUUCCCUCAGAGAAAAGGGCAUUGAGUUGAGAAAGUUUGCAUACACAACACUCAUCAAAGCUCAGUGUGCAAAAGGAAUGCCUUAUGAGGCCAUUUCAUUAAUUGGUAAGCUUAUAGAUGAAGGAUUUGAGGCUUCUAUUGAAGACUUCAGUGCUGCAAUCAAUCGACUUUGUAAAUGGGAGUUUCCUAGAGAAGCCAUUAUGGUCAUCCCAAUUAUGUUAUCUGUUGGUGUAUUCCCAGACACUGAUGUUUAUCGUGUGCUUGUUAGAGCACUGCGGAAAAGUAACGAGCUUUAUUAUCUACCCAUAUUGAAUGCACUUGCUGUCAAAACAGGCAUUUAGUACCCUGAUCAUAGGUGUUAAGGGCUCAUGAACACAUGUGCUAUGUCGUCAAAUGUUUAUAUAGACGAGGAUUGACGACACAUGAUCAGUGUGGUUGUUUCGAGGCCUAAGUAGAAACACUGUAGGAGUUCUCCCCUACUUUUCUGAAGAAAGAUUAUUCCCUUACUCCUAGAUCCAUCAAUGAGGCGGAUAGGAGGAUGGCAUUAAGGUGAGCCGUCACCAUUGCCCAGCCCUACCUUGUCGGUGGCUGGAGUAACGGAAGAAGAAACAAGCGGAGCGUGACCGCGCCAGUUGCGGAGAGGCCAUGGAGACAGCCAAUUAAGCGUCGUCGAGAAUUGAAAGAAGGUUGUGGAAAUUGUACUUCCACCAUGCACACAAAGAUUUCACCCUGCCAGCAGAACAUGAGCCAUGUAACAAUUUCAUGUCACGGCCAGUGUGUGAGUAUCAUCACGGAAAACCAAGUUGAUCCUAGGAAAUCCAUGAAGCAUGAAAGCACUUGUCGGGUGCAAGAAGACAUGACCGAGGCUAUCCCUCCCACAAAAGGGCAUCUGGGCAGGGUGGCUAGCCUGGCCCCCAUAAUCCUCUUCACAAAGACUACUCCGACGGAACUAUAGCAUCUGCUGAGAUCUAAAUGAGCAAUCUAGUGCACGACCGAAAGCCAAAACUUCAGGGAUCUGUACAUGGGCGGUGGCUUGUUAACUCUGCCCACAUUCCUGUCGUUGUUCGUCCUUGAUGUGCUCAAGUCGUUUUCAAUCCCAUUGCUGAGUGAGAUUCCAUCGUCUUUAUGUGGUUUGUCUAAACUGCACACGCUGAUGCUGGCCUUGUACAACUAAUUUGUUGUUGAUGUUGUAAUCAGAUGAUGCUUAUGCUUAGUGGUCAGAGACGACAGUGCUUUGCAUUUAAGACGUACGAAAUGAAUGAUGUGCAUUGCUGAA